AGAGGACCGGGAGUUAAGGAGGCUGUUAAGUCCGCAGCGCUUGCUCGAGUGCUGCGCGCCUCUACGAUGCCAGGCAGCACCUCGACUCCACUCGACUGUUUUCCCUGGUUCUAGUCAUGAGUCACACGUCUAGAUUGGUUUGGUCGUUUCGUGCGAGCGGUACUAAAUAAAAGGCUCGUGUGCAAGGAGUGCUGAGAGAUCGGGAGUCGCUUAGGGCUACUUUCGUCAUCGCCAAAGACACUCGACUGCACUCAGCUGCGACGACUUUCCACCAUUCGACAUCUAACUCUACAACUCUCUCCUUUCCUACCUUUCAUGCACCGCGUUCUCAGGGUGUAGCGCGGACUAUCUCCGCCGUCUUUGCGCGACUCCCCUACUCAUCGAGACGCUCACCACCACCACACUUCCACCAUGUCCUCGCACAACAACCAACCCACCCCUCCCUCCUCCACCUCCUCCAACGGCGCCUCUCCCGACCCCCACCAGUUCCGCGUGGUGCGCAAACGCAACCGCAUCCCCCUCUCCUGCGCCCCCUGCCGCCACCGCAAGCUCAAAUGCAACCGCCAGCACCCCUGCGACAACUGCUCCAAGCGCGGCGACACCGCCUCCUGCAGCUACGCCGCGCCCGGCGGGCGGAAAAAGGGCGGCGGCAGCGCGAGCAGCAAUGCCGCCGCCGCCGCAAACGCCACGCCCGGCGACAUGCAGAAUCGCAUUGAUCGGUUGGAGGGGCUGGUGCUGUCGCUCAUGACGAAUGGGUCGCAGGCCGGCGGCACGGCGGCGGCGCAGGCGGCCAUUGACGCCAGUCGGAAUAAUAGCUUGAGCACGACGACGACGGGCACGUCGGAUCUCCGACUGGAUAUGAGUGGUGCUGAUGUGAUUAUUGAAGAAGGCGAGGAUGGCGGGGAGGAGAGCGAGGUGGAGCAGGUGUCGAAGGGGAUUGGGAUUAUGAAGGUGCACGACGGCCGCGCCGUCUUCGCCUCCGAUGCGCACUGGUAUGCGAUUCUGGGGGAGAUUAGCGAGGUGAAGAAUUGGUUUGUGCAGCACAAGGAGGACUACAAGCAGCAUAUGGAGAAGGUGCAGGCAGCGAAGAACGACGAGAGUCCGGGCACGGCCUUCCUGCUGCAAGGCCCGCCGGCGACGGACAAGCAGACCUUGUUGAACUCCUUUCCGGCCAAGGUGGAUGCUGACCGCUUGAUUGCGCGGUAUUUCAAUGCGUACGACCCGUCGAUUCACGUGGUUCAUGGCCCGUCGUUUCAAAAGCAGUACGAUCGACACUGGCUGAACCCGGGCGACACGUCGGUCGUCUGGCUGGGCAUGUGCUAUGCGAUGAUGACGCUGUCGCUGCAAUCAUAUCAGCGCGCGGGCGACGAACCGCCCGAGUAUCGUGGACGCGCGACGGACCUCUCCCACGAAUUCCGCCGCUUGACGGCGCAGUGCCUCAUCCUCGCCGACAUUACACAACCCAUCGCGCAGAUUCUCGAGACGAUGGUGCUCCAUGUGCAGGCGGAGUACGGGCGCAGCAGAGAUGCGGAACCCGGCGUGCUGCUCAUGGUCAGUCUGUGCGUGCGGCUGGCGAUGCGCAUGGGCUACCACCGCGACCCUGGUCCGCAUCCGCAAAUCACCCCCUUCCAAGGCGAGAUGAGACGGCGAGUGUGGACGUUUGUGCGGCAGUGCGAUCUCCUCAUCUCCUUCCAGUUCGGUCUGCCUGCUAUGAUCCGCACCGACCACAUCGACUGCCUCCCGCCGCGGAAUCUGUACGACGAUGAGCUCUACGAAGAGAUGAAGGAACUGCCUCCCUCGCGGCCCAGUUUCGAAGCGACGCCCAUGUCGUACAUGAUUGUCAAGUCCCACAUGACCUUCCUCUUCGGCCGGAUUGUCGAGCGCACGGCCUCCAUCUCCAACCCACCCUCCUACGACGAGAUUAUGAAAUUCGAUCAAGAACUGCGCGAAGCGAGGGCCUCCCACCCGCCGCUCCUGCAAAUGCGCUCCUUCCAAGAGUCCGCGCGCGAUCCCGCGAACCUCAUCAUGCAGCGCAUCGGCCUGGAAAUGGUCUACCUGCGCUCGCUCUUCGUGCUGCAUCGGAAAUUCAUCGCGAUGGGACGAGAGAACCCGCGCUACGCCUACAGCCGACGCACGUGCAUCGACGGGUCCUUGGAGCUGCUCGCGCUGCAAGCCACGCUGCACCAGGAAUCGCAACCCGGCGGCCGCCUGCGCUCCGUCAAAUGGUACAUCUCCUCCCUCACCACCCACGACUUCCUCCUGGCCGCCAUGCUCGUGUGUCUCGAUCUCUACCACACGGCCGAGGCGGAGCGCAAGGGUCUCAGCAAACACCACUCCCCGCCCACCUCCGCGAGCGACUCGCCUGGCUCCUCCUUCUACGACGACCAGCGGCAAGAAGAAAUGCUGCGUGCAGUGGAGCACUGUCUCACAAUCUGGGAGUCGGUGCGGGAAAACAGCAUGGAAGCUUUCAAGGCGUCGGCGGUGAUGCGCGUCAUGAUUGACAAGCUGAAGGCACAUCGCGAGCAGCAGCGCUACGCGCGACAACUGCCUGGUGCGCAGCGUGAGGCGGCGGAACUGCUGCGCUCGUUUCCACGCAGGGGCCACCCGACUUUUGGCGCGUUUGCGAAUGGCGGCUUUUCGGACGUCAAUGCGGACGAUGACCUGCCGCCCGAGCAGUCUGCUGCUAUGACAUUGAAUAUGCUGAGUUCGGGGAGCAUGUCGCCUGCUGCUCUGCCGCCGUCGCAGCAGCAGCAGCAGAUGAACGGGGGAGGCUUCGGGGCAGAGGCGAAGACGGGGAUGUUUUCAGGAGGUGGUGGUGGCAGCAGCGGAGUGACAGGGCUGUUGAACGAGGCCAUGGCGGAGCGCUCCGGCCUCACCCCCAACUACGCCAGUCCGGACGUCGGAGGCGCGGUGAGUCCCUUCUCCUCGCUCUUCGGGACGGCGGGGAACUUCACGGGCAUGGGCGGUGCUGGUGGCGACAUUGAUUGGGGCGUGUGGGAUGACUACAUUGCUAACAACACCGCCAUGGAUCGCGGGGGCAGUGGGAUGUGGGGGAUGAAUUUGGAUUUCCCCAACGAUGCUGCUGCUGGGGGCGGCCGCAGUCCGAAUGCGCCGCUCGGGGUGCAUGCGGCGAAUACGGGGGUGUUCAUGGGGGCUGCGACGCCUGGGGCGAAUGGGAAUGGGAUGUAGAUGGUACAAUGGGGUGGACGAAAAGUUCUGGAAGAAGUAGAAAGCACUUGCCGCAAUUGUAUCCAGCACUCGACCCGAUCCGGCAGGUGCCGGAGAGAUCUCAAGCUGGGAGCAGUAUGUGCUCGCGUGCAUGGGUCCGGUUUUACGAUUACUAAGGUAUAGUGAUGUACCUGCACAGCUACUGUACCUACCUACCUCGACCAUUCCCUUUUGCAGUAGUCAUGCGCGCGGCUGAAUCAACGCGCAGUUUGGUUCCAUGUCAGCAAUGCCAUCCUGCUGAUUCAUCCGUCGCAUCCCGGCGUGGCGCGAGUAGGCGCGCCUUGGCAGCGUGGUUAGGCAGGCUCCAAGCUCCAGG